UUCCCAUCGUUGGAACUCCUUUCGGUGUCUGCAUCGCAAUCUGCCGUCCCGUGUCACCUCGGAAUAUUCCAAAGAUUCUCUGAGCGGAGCAAAUCUCCCGCCUUCACCAGCACCCCGUUGCCCUUCCCAGGCAGAGAUGUUUGGAUCGUAGCUGCUUCUGCGGUGGAACGGAACAUCUCUUUUGCAAGGCAACCUUCAAUUCCAACCAACGGUCGUGGUGAAGACGGAUCGUCGGCGGAGCUUGCGGAGAAGCUCGUGGCUGUCCCUCGACCUGCGUGCCAGCCCUUUGCGACUGCGUGUCGAUCAAAUCCCUCUUGCCACCCUCCCCUUCGCCGUCUGGUCGCCCCCUUAGCAACCAUGCUCACCUUCCGGAAAGCCUUCGUCGCGGCCGUCCUCUUGAUCACCUUCAUCGCCCUCCUCCGGUCGUCGCAUUCCUCUACCUCCCCCGCGCCGUCUCCGAUCCCCGUCUCCGCAGAGUCCGAUCACGACGAGAGUUCUGCAGCGGCAGAACGCACCCCGUCCCAGAAGAAGGAUCAGGUCCAACAACAGCCCCUCGAGCCGCCCCCCAGCGCUCCCUUACGCGACCGGUUGCGAUAUCAAUUCCCCUACGAUCUGGACGGCAAAUUUCCCGCCUAUAUCUGGCAGACAUGGAAAUACACCCCGGGCUCGAUAUGGUUCACUCCGGAGCUGCGCGAUCCCGAAGCCAGCUGGUCCGAGCUACACCCGGGUUUCGUGCACGAGGUCAUCCCGGAUGACACGCAGCGCCAUCUGAUCAAGCAUCUGUACGGGUCGGUUCCGGACGUGUUCGAGGCGUACGACUCAAUGCCGCUGCCCGUCCUCAAGGCCGACUUCUUCCGCUACCUGAUCCUGCUGGCGCGCGGCGGCAUCUACAGCGACAUCGAUACGACGGCCUUGAAGCCCGCUCACGAGUGGUUGCCGUCGAAGUUUGACCUGUCGACCGUCGGGUUCGUCGUCGGCAUCGAAGCCGACCCCGAUCGCCCCGACUGGCACGAUUGGUACUCGCGCCGCAUCCAGUUCUGUCAAUGGACCAUCCAGGCCAAACCGGGCCACCCGAUUCUCCGCGAUAUCGUGGCGUACAUUACCGAGGAGGCGUUGCGCAUGAAGAAGGCGGGCAUCCUCAAGACGGGCAAGAUGGACAAGACCAUCGUCGAGUUCACCGGACCCGCUGCCUGGACGGACGCCAUCUUCCGGUACUUCAACAACCCAGACUAUUUCAACAUCGAGCCGGGGUUCGACCUCAAUGUCACCUAUGAGGAUUUCACCUACCAGGAGGGGUACAAGAAGGUCGGCGACGUGGUGGUUCUGCCCAUCACCAGCUUCAGUCCCGGCGUGCAGCAGAUGGGCGCCCAGGAUGUCGAUGAUCCGAUGGCCUUUGUCAAGCAUGACUUUGGAGGAACAUGGAAAUCCGAUCCUUCUCUAUAAGCUUGAUCGGAGGAGGGGCUCUCUUUAUAACAGCGACUACUAUUCCCACCCCUGCUCGACAGGACGGCUUGCCUCGGCCGAGCGGGGAAGAGAGAUGUCAACCAGGCUCUCCUUUAUCCUUUCCUCGGGCCUAAACCUUGUCGAGGGACUGUUUCGACUUCUCAUCGUCCGACCGAUUUCCACCCUGAAUCCCCC